AUGCCACCACCUACAAACCAACAACUUAACGACAUGCGGGAGGAACAUUGCUUCGCCGUCACCCACGAAAAGAAAUACUACCGCGACGGCCAGACGUUCAUUAAGCGCAGUUUAAAGCCAUCUGAAUGGCAAAAACACAAUGGAUACAUGCACAUCCCGCUAUUCAACCCCGAACGCGUGCUCAACGAAGGCGCUUGCAUCCGCUACCUCACCGAGCACACGACCAUUCCACUACCAAAACUAUACACAUGCUUUGAAGACGACUGUGCUGCAUAUGUGAUUACCGAAUAUGUAGAAGGCGUCGAAAUGACCAGUCUAGAAGAUGCGCAGCGAGAGAUUGUAACAAAGGAACUAGAGACACACUUACAGACCCUCAAGGAACUCAAAUCCAACAUAUGGGGCGGACCAACAGGAGCCGUACUUCCCCCAUAUCGCGUUAUGCGGACCUCUAACGGCAGGCCAUGGAGACUGCGUCCCAGAGAGACAAAGGACCUGGUUUUCUGUCACAAUGACUUGUCUGCAAACAACGUUAUUGUCGAUCCAGACACUCUCGCCAUCAAGGCCAUCAUCGACUGGGAAUACGCUGGCUUCUACCCGCCAGAGUUCGAAGCUGAGUUCUUUCGCCGGCGCGGCCCCUCGGUAGCCUUGGCUGGCGAAGUAGACGAUGUAGACGUGCUGGUUGGCAUGCUGAACAAGGACAAGGAAUAG